GAUAUUGCACUAUAAAAGGGGCCAUUGUAAGUCAUUGUUGUAUUCCUUGUGCUAGGAAAAUAAUUAUCUCCAGUUCUACACCUAUUCAUUUCAGUUUACACAAUCCUGCCACUAAUCACCAAGGCAAAUUUUUCGAGAUGUCCAAGUCACAUAUAUGUGCAAAUCCUUGGCACUUUGUUUUGAUAUUGUAUAUGAUAAUAGGUUCGUGUUACAGUGAGUUAGGGAGAAAGACGGAGGUUGAUCUGACACCCAAAUUUGCGGAAAAGGUGUUCGGAGGGGACGGAGGAUAUUACUACAGCUGGUCCCCCGAUGAGUUGCCCAUGCUGAAAGAAGGCAAUAUAGGUGCUGCUAAGCUGAGUCUUGAGAAAAAUGGGUUUUUUCUUCCUCAUUAUUCUGAUUCUCCUAAGGUUGCAUUUGUUCUUCAAGGCAAUGGAGUUGCUGGCAUUGUUCUUCCGGGGAAAGAAGAAAAGGUUAUUCCAAUCAAAACAGGGGAUUCCAUUGCUCUGCCAUUUGGUGCAGUGACAUGGUGGUACAACAAAGAUGACACUGAGCUUGUAAUUCUUUUCCUGGGAGAAACUUCAAAAGGCCACGUAGUUGGUUCCUUCACCGACUUCUUCUUGACUGGCUCAACCGGUAUUUUCACUGGCUUCUCAACCGAAUUUGUGGGCAGAGCAUGGGACUUGGAACAAAGUGUUGUGCAAAUCCUAGUUCACAAUCAAACCAGCAAAGGAAUUGCCAGGCUUGGUUUGAAUGCCAAUAUGACUGAGCCUAAAGAGGAACAACGAGACGGAUUGGUGCUUAACUGUCUCCAAGCUCCACUAGAUGUUGAUGUAAAGAAUGGCGGAAGGGUUGUGGUUUUGAGUACCAAGAAUCUGCCUUUGGUUGGGGAAGUUGGUUUUGGCGCUGAUUUUGUUAGGUUGGAUGGAAGUGCUAUGGUCUCUCCAGGUUUCUCGUGUGACUCGGCCUACCAGGUCACUUAUAUCAUUCGUGGCAGGGGCCGUGCCCAGAUUGUUGGGAUUGAUGGCACACGUGUUCUGGAGACGAUAGUUGAGGCCGGGAAUUUGUUUAUUGUGCCUAGGUUUUUUGUGGUUUCAAAGAUUGCUGAUCCUGAUGGCCUAGAGUGGUUCUCUAUCAUAACCACUCCACAACCCUUGAUCACAAAUUUGGCGGGAAGAACUGGGGCGUGGAAAGCAUUGUCUCCUCAAGUAAUAAAAGCAUCGUUCAAUGUGGGUGAUGAUAUAGAGAAGGAAUUUCGCGCUAAAAGGGCUUCAGAUGCCGUCUUUUUCCCUCCACCCCAAUGAGAGAGGCAAACGUUUAUUGUUUGUUUUCAUGUUUCAGAAGAAAGAAUAAAUGUUAUUAUUGUCCUGAUUUCCUUUUUGUGAAGGUAUCGUUAAUUUUGAUAUUUACAGUAGAACCAGAAGUGCAGUCUUUGAUGUGAAUAUCGACUUAGCAUUGUUGAUACUCAGCAAAGUUGAAAGUAAAAGUGUUAUUGGUUGAAAUAUACAAAUAUGUAUGAA